AUGUCUGAAGCAACCAGUAAGCUUUCUCCAGAAGCCCAAAAAGCAUUGAAUAGAUUAGAGAAAAUCGGCAAAGCUAAAAUGGGAACUUUUAUUAUUGGCCACAAUGGUGAAACAGAUACAAUCAAGUGCUCAAAGUUUUAUGAAAAGGCACCUUCCCUUCCAGAAGAAGAAUUAUUCUUGUGCGAUGAAUGUGGUGAACAAAAACAUCUUCUAGUUCAGCUUUACGUUCCAUCUUUACCUCCGAAUAUCCAAAGACUAUUGCCAACCGAGCUUUCUGAUGCUUUAUUAGUUUUUUACUAUUGCCUAGAGUGCUUGCCUUAUGGAGGGGAUCAACUUGAUGUAAAGAUUUAUCACGCAGAUGAUAUCGAAAAAUUAAAAUACUACGAUAUCGAUAGAGGCGAGUUGACGGCACCAGAGAUUUUUGAUAGCUAUACCACAGCAUAUACCUUCGAUCAUGAAUCGCUUUUUAAAUAUUGUCAUAAUGAAAAAAUCGAAAAUGAAAUUUGUGAUCAGAUUAAAGAUGAGCUAGAGGAUCUCCGAGACGACAGUACAAACUCAAAUUGCUUCUUUGGUGGAUGUGCAGAUUUUGCUCAAGGUGAUGAUUGCCCAGGACCAAGUUGGGAUUUAUUUUUAAAUAUUGGAGGAGAUAAAUGGAAUCAUUUCAUGUGGGGUGAUUGCGGAACUGCUCAGAUAUGGGUUAAUUGCAAUGAGCCAAGAUUCAUUUUGACAUGGAGUUGCUCAUAA